AUGAAGAUCAAGGCACUGUCGAGGUCGUCGGCCUCGCACCAAGCUCCCGGAAGCGAUGUAGCCCGCCAACCUCGCAACCUCGACCCGUCGCAACACCCGUUCGAAAGGGCGCGGGAAUACACUCGAGCAUUAAAUGCCACCAAGCUGGAGCGCAUGUUCGCGCAGCCAUUCGUUGGACAGCUGGGAAGAGGGCAUGUCGAUGGGGUCUACAAAUUGGCAAAAGACCCCAAAGCACUAGACCGCUUCGCAAGCGGCAGCGGAGACGGCGUGGUCAAAGUCUGGGACCUGCCCAGUCGAGACGAAGUAUGGCAGACGCAAGCCCACGAGAACAUGGUCAAAGGCAUGUGCUGGACGAACAACCAACAACUCCUCUCCUGCGGCAGCGACAAAACCGUCAAGCUCUUCGACCCCUACAAUACCCCCUCCAAAUCCGCCCCGACCGCGACCUGGCUCGGCAACAACGCCUUCACAUCGAUAACCCGCCACCGCACCGACCCCACCUUCGCCGUCUCCUCCUCCUCCAUCUCCCUCUACGACCUCACCCGCCCCUCCUCCACCCCAACCCAAACCCUCGCCUGGCCCACCAGCGCCGACACCAUCACCGCCCUCUCCCUCAACCAAACCGAAACCUCCAUCCUCGCCUCCACCGCCACCGACCGCUCCCUCGUCCUCUACGACCUCCGCACCUCCUCGCCCCUCCACCGCUCCGUCCUCACCCUCGCCAGCAACGCCAUCAGCUGGAACCCCAUGGAAGCCUUCAACCUCGCCGUCGCCAAUGAAGACCACAACAUCUACCUCUUCGACACGCGCAACCUCUCGCGCGCGCUCAACGUGCUGAAAGACCACGUCAGCGCGGUAAUGGACGUCGAGUUCUCGCCCACGGGCGAGGAUCUCGUCUCCGCGAGCUACGACCGCAGCGUGCGGCUGUGGAAACGCAAUCAAGGCCAUUCGAGAGACAUUUACCACACGAAGCGCAUGCAGCGCGUCUUCUCCGCCUGCUGGACGCCGGAUAACGCCUACAUCCUCUCCGGGUCCGACGACGGCAACAUUCGACUCUGGCGCAGCAACGCUUCAUCCCGUUCCGCGAUCAAGAGCGCAGGCGAGAGGCAGAAACUCGAGUACGACGAUGCGCUCAAGGAGCGGUAUAAGCACAUGCCGGAGAUCAGACGGAUAGGACGGCAUCGACAUGUGCCGAAGCAGGUGAAGAAGGCGGGGGAAAUUAAGAACGAGGAGGUGCGGGCGAUCAAGCGGAGGGAGGAGAAUGAGCGGAGGCAUUCGCGGAAGGGGGAGAGGAGGAGGCGGAGUGAGAGGGAGAAGAUGGUGCUUGCUACUGAGAAGUGA